GAAAAUUGUCUAAGAUGAAAAUAUAUUUUACAAAAUAUGAUAAUUAUAAUCAUUUAAGAAUAAGAUCCAAAUUGAAAAUAGAUCCAAAUCAUAAUGAUAGAGAAAAUCAUCGAAAACAAAUUGAUGAUAUAGAAUUAUGUAGAACAAUAAAUAUAAAAGAGAAUUUUGAUGAAACAAUGAAGAAUCAAUUCAGAAAUACAACCGAUUGGACAAAAUUGAAAUGUAUCCAUCAACCAUUACAACAAAAUCAAUCAGAUUAUUUGAAUCAUAAUGAAGAUAAUCAUCAUUUAAAGAAUCAAAUAGAAUUGAAUUCCUAUGAAAAUGAUCAUCAUCAUCAUCAUCGAAAUACAAUAAGUCCAAUUGAAUUAGUUUAUGAUCAAAUGAAAUCCUUAAUCAAUGGUACAUUAACACAUGAUAGUGGAAUAGGAAAUUCAGAACAUAUUGAACAAUUAAACAAAGAGACUACUACUGCUACUACUACUACAACUACAACCACUACUAAUACUACUGAAAUAAUACAUUCAAGUAGUAUAACUAGUGAUGAUAAUAUUAAUCAUAAAGAUGAUGAUGCAUUAGAUUUAACUGUAAACAAAUUAUUUACUAAAAAUACUUUGAAUCAAGAACAUUUCCUAUUUGAUAAUGGAAAACAUCAACAAUCUAUUGAAGAUAGUCAAUUGUAUGAAUCGUAUAUUAAGGGUAUAACAAUGAAUCAAUUAAUGGAAUUUCUACCACCUUCAUCUUCAUCAGAAUGUUAUAAUUUAACUUUAAAAACAACACCGACAACAACAACAACAACAUCACCCACUAUUCCACUUCUUCCAUCUACAUCGAGUAAUGUCAUGAAUAGUUGCGAUGGGAAACUAACAAAAGCUGUUAAUGAUAGUAAUUUCUGUCCAUAUUCUCAAAUAUCAUCUUUAUAUGGAACAUCAUAUCAACCAUUCGAAUUAACAAAGAAUUCAUCAACAUCAUCAUCAUCAUCGGUAGAUUUAUUCACUGCAGCAGCAGCAGCUUAUGCAGCGGCGGCGGCGGCCGCUGCUGCUGCUUCCUUAGUUCAACCAACAAUAUCAUCCAACAUUACCACUAUUCCAACAACAACAACAACAACAACAACAACCAUGAUGCAUUCACCAAUGCUAUCAACUAAUGAUCAUGAUCAUCAUACAUUCAUGUUAACAACAAUGAUGAAAGAAAGAUCAUCAACCUAUUCAAAUACAUUAGAACAAAUGAAUCAUAGAUUAUUAACAUUACCAAUGAAUCAUAAUGGUACAUCAAUGAUACCACAAACCUUAUUAACAUUGUUUACAAAUUCAAAUUAUAAUUGGCCGCCAAAAUCAUCAACCCCUGUAUCGAAUAGUAAUAAUAAUAAUAAUAAUAAUAAUGAAUUAAGGUAUAAACAUCGUUUACAAUAUCAAUUACCUCCUGGAUCAUUUAUAAAUCAACCUUAUUCAGAGAAUCAAUCCAUUAUGCAAAUGGAUGAUGAAUAUUUAAUGAAUGAAGAAAGUCCCAAUGAAUUCAAUCAAUUCAAACCAUCACCUACAAUAGACUAUGGUCAUUAUGAACAGAAACUGAAUCUUCAUAAUGAUAAUCAUGAUGAUGAUAAUGAUCAUGAUGAUGAUGAUGGUGAUUAUGAUGAAGAUUGUUUAACCAUACAAAGACAACAACAUAUAUCAUCAACAAUGAUAACGACUACUACAACAACAACAACAACUACUACUACUACUACACGAACAUCAACUACCACAACAUCAUCAUCAUCAUCACGUCCAUCUGAAGAUUAUUUAGAACAAUUUAUGAAAAUUGAUCAAUCACAAAAUAUAUUAUGGCGUCAAUUAGCUGAUCGAUUUCAACGUACACUUGGUCCAAAUCAAUGUGGUGUUUGUAAUAAAGUACUUAGUUGUCGUAGUGCAUUAACAAUGCAUUAUCGUGUACAUACAGAAGAACGUCCAUUUGUAUGUAUUAUAUGUGAUAAACGAUUUUCAACUAAGGGUAAUUUAAAAACUCAUUUAGGACAACAUCAUGAAACAAUAGAAGCAUAUCGUACAGCAGUUGCUAUAGCAAUGGCAACUGGUACUGCAUUACCACGACCUCCACCAAUGUCAUCUACUACUGUUACAGUUCCACUUUCAAAUUCUAUUCCAAUACCUCAAGUGAUUAGUUCAAUAUCUUUAUCAAAUCAUACAUCAACUAUAUCGUCCUCUUCUACCUUAUCUCCUUCAUCCACAAUUUCAACUUCUUCAUCUUCAUUUAAUAAACUAUCAAAACAUUCACCAAUUAACCCGUCAACAUCUCAACCAAUUUAUGUGGAUGAUUCGAAGUUGAAUAAUAAUAAUAAUAAUAACAAUGAAUUACAGUUCACUUCAAAUACAUUCUCGUUACCAUGGUUACCACCUACAAGUCAACAAUCCUUAGCUCUAUUGAAUUCUAAUUGUUCCGUAGGAAAUUUUCAAAAACGAAUGGAUUCCAAUUAUUCAUAUGAUUUAAUGUUAUAUGAUAAAGGUAAAGAGAAUUAUCGAAUGAAUACUACUACUACUACUACUACUACUAAUACUACUGAUAAUAAUCAUAGUCACUUAUCAAUAAGCAAUACAAAUCAAUUAUUACAACAUUAUAAUACACAUAAUCGUAAUCAGUUUGAAUCUAUGAAAUUCACAACCAAUUAUACUGAAUUAUCGAAAUGUAUCGAUUCUAGUAACGAUAAUAAUAAUAAUAACGAUCCAAUCAAUAUGAAUAACAAUGACGAUGAUGAUGAUGAUGAUGAGAAUGAAGUUGAUAUUACUGUUGGAAUUGAUUCUGGUACUUGUGAAUCUGUGAUCAUUGUUGAUGACAAUGAGAAACAAUAUCAUCGAAAUAAUGAACAACAUUUAUCAAGGAAUUGUAUUGUUGAAUAUAAAUCAACAACUCCAUCACCAUCAUCAUCGUCAUCAUCAUCAUCGUCAUUAUCAUCAUCACCAUCAUUAUUUCCUUUAUCCAUGAUUUCUAUUACUACGACUACUACAACUACAACUAUAACUACUACUAGUACUACUAAUAGUAGUAAUAGUAGUAGUACAACAAAUGAAACAUUAAUUCAUAAAAAAGAUUUCUAUCUUGAUUAUACAACAAAUAAAUUUUUAUCAGUUGCUAACUGUUUGUAA